GGAGCAGCAUCCCACUAUGGGAAUGAGCAUCUGCUCCUGCACAUCACCCCUCUCCCAGGCACUAUGAGCCGGCAGGGAGACAGCUAGCCCAGGAGGAAGACUGCUAGCCCAGGAAGAGACUGCUAGCCCAGGAGGGAGACAGCUAGCCCAGGAGGGAGACAGCUAGCCCAGGAGGGAGACAGCUAGCCCAGGAGGGAGACAGCUAGCCCAGGAGGGAGACAGCUAGCCCAGGAGGGAGACAGCUAGCCCAGGAGGGAGACAGCUAGCCCAGGCAGAGACUGCUAGCCCAGGAGGGAGACAGCUAGCCCAGGAGGAAGACAGCUAGCCCAGGCAGAGACUGCUAGCCCAGGAGGGAGACAGCUAGCCCAGGAGGGAGACAGCUAGCCCAGGAGGGAGACAGCUAGCCCAGGAGGGAGACAGCUAGCCCAGGAGGGAGACUGCUAGCCCAGGCGGCUUGUGCUUGAGAGGGAUUCCUGGCCAAACCCAUGCCCCCCCAGCCUAGAGGAUGGCCUGCUGUACUGGGAGAUGCACCUUAAUUCUACUCUGCACCCUCCAGCUGGUCGCUGCACUUGAGCGCCAGGUCUUUGAUUUCCUCGGCUACCAAUGGGCCCCCAUAUUGGCCAACUUCCUGCACAUCGUGGCCACCAUCCUGGGCCUGUUUGGGACCCUGCAGUACAGACCCCGCUAUGUCAUCGCUUAUGCCCUGUGGGCCGCCGUCUGGGUCACCUGGAAUGUUUUCCUCAUCUGCUUCUACUUGGAAGUGGGAGAUCUGAAUAAGGAGAGUGAGCUCCUCACCUUCCACGUGUCCCAACACCAGUCCUGGUGGAGUGAACAUGGGCCCGGCUGUGUGAGGAAGGAAGCCCCCGUGGCUGGUGUGGCCGAACUGGAAAGUCACUCCUAUGUCUCUGUAAUUGGCUGCAAUGUUGAGUACCAGUACAUCGAGGUGAUGCACAGCGCCCUGCAGAUUCUGCUGGCGCUCCUGGGAUUUGUGUAUGCCUGCUACGUCACCAGCGUCUUCACAGAAGAAGAGGACAGUUGCCGGCGUAAGUGACCGAUGCCCCCAAAACAAGGAAGAGGAUUUCCUUCUGCCAACGACCCACAGCAAUAAUUGAUCUUUCCAGCAGGGACAGGGUUAAAGCAACAGGAUCUGUGCCCACAGCCCAUGCCAACAAGUUCCUGUGCCAUUCAGACUCCCAGAAUCCCCCUGAAGUGUGACCAAUGGCAAGAAGACCCCCCCAAAACUGCUCCUGUGCCCAUUCUGCUUUGGGCCCUUACUGCAAACAAGUGGGACAUUAGGAGUUAAAUGUAGGCGGCUUUUGUAGCAACAGGUGGAACAGCGCAACAUCUGUCUAUGGCCGAACGGGCCACAGUAGGUUAUGGAGACGACGCGCUGCUAUGGGGGGGGGGGGGGUGUUGUUUAUGGAUCUGGGUGCAGGGUCUAUACUGAUUUGCCCCCCGUGUUACUGUCCAGUUUUAUUCUAAAUACAUUUUUAUAGUGUUUUC